UGUUCAGCGUGCAGACAGAGAAGCGCAGAUAUGUCCUGUGACUGACGUUAAUAUAAUAGUGUUUCCUUGUUAGUUAUUUGUGUUUCCCCUCAAUUCCACUGUGAUGUAGCCUGUACGCGGCCAGUGGCAGUUUUAUCUAAUAGAAUUGCAUGAAGAAAUAAGGCAGAUAGUAUACCUUUCAAAUAGACUGCAAGACUGAAAACUGAAGAAUUGCAAUGCCACGGCGGAAGAGAAAUGCUGGUAGUAGCUCUGAUGGUACAGAGGAUUCAGACUUCUCUGCUGAGCACACAGACAGCUCUGAGAGUGAUGCCCACACAAUCAGGAAUACCCGCCUGACUCGCUCCUCACUGCGACUCAUCCGCAACUCACAAGAUUCAAGUCCUGUGGGGGACGCUUCUGCCCCGGUUUCAGAAGAGGUGGUGAACUUUUCCACCCGUCGUGUGACACGUAGUCAACAGCAGGGGGUGACAGUCUCGCCCAAGAAAUACCCCCUGCGGCAGAGUCGCUCUUCUGGCUCAGACAUGGAGCAGCAUGGGGAAAUCUCAGAGAGGGACAGUAAACAUGGGGUCGACCACGAUGAGUCCCCACCUAGAACACCCACAGGCAACGCUCAUUCCUCUGAGUCAGACAUUGACAUGUCCAGCCCAAAUGUGUCUCAUGAUGAGAGUUUGGCAAAGGAGUUGUCACUAAAAGAAUGUGGCCUCGCUCACCGUCCUAAACGCCGCCGCUUUCAUGAGAGCUACAACUUCAACAUGAAGUGUCCUACACCUGGUUGUAACUCACUUGGACAUUUGACAGGGAAACAUGAAAGGCACUUUUCAAUAUCUGGAUGUCCGCUGUACCAUAACCUUUCAGCAGAUGAGUGUAAGGUGAAGGCAAGCUCUCGUGACAAACAUGUGGAGGAAAGGACACUGUCACAACGGCAGGAUGAGAACCGACAUUCUGCUCGGCAACAGGCCCAAUUAGAGCGACAGCUGCGGUAUAAGGAAAAGGUGACAGAAAUGAGGAGGAAGAGAAAUUCUGUUCCUCUUAAAGAGCAAAAAGAUAAGCACAUGGAGCACAGGCAGACCCAUGGCAGCAGUCGUGAGCCCCUGCUUGAGAACAUCACAAGUGACUAUGACCUGGAGCUCUUUAAAAAAGCCCAGGCACGUGCCUCGGAUGAUCUUGAAAAACUCAGGCUCCAGGGACAGGUCACAGAAGGGGGCAACAUGAUCAAGACCAUUGUGUUUGGUCGCUAUGAGCUGGAUACCUGGUACCACUCGCCAUACCCUGAAGAGUAUGCUCGACUUGGCCGUCUCUACAUGUGCGAGUUCUGCCUCAAAUACAUGAAGAGUCAGACCAUUCUGCGACGUCACAUGGCCAAAUGUGUGUGGAAACACCCACCAGGUGACGAGAUUUACAGAAAAGGGGCGAUAUCUGUUUUUGAAGUGGACGGCAAGAAGAACAAGAUUUAUUGCCAAAAUCUAUGUCUGCUGGCCAAGCUCUUCCUGGACCACAAAACAUUAUACUACGACGUGGAGCCUUUCCUAUUUUAUGUGAUGACUGAAGCUGACAAUACUGGCUGUCACCUUGUUGGAUACUUCUCCAAGGAAAAGAAUUCAUUCCUGAACUACAAUGUCUCCUGCAUCCUGACUAUGCCACAGUAUAUGAGGCAGGGUUAUGGCAAGAUGCUGAUUGAUUUCAGUUAUCUACUGUCCAAAGUGGAAGAGAAGGUUGGCUCCCCUGAGCGCCCUCUCUCUGACCUGGGCCUCAUCAGCUACAGAAGCUACUGGAAAGAAGUGCUCCUGCGCUACCUACACGACUUCCAGGGCAAAGAAAUCUCCAUUAAAGAAAUCAGUCAAGAAACAGCUGUCAAUCCUGUAGACAUUGUCAGCACUUUACAGUCUCUCCAAAUGCUGAAGUACUGGAAAGGGAAGCACUUGAUCUUAAAAAGACAGGAUCUGAUUGAUGAUUGGAAAACCAAAGAGGACAAACGUGGAAGCAACAAGACUAUUGACCCUGUGGCCUUGAAGUGGAGCCCACCCAAAGGAACUUAAGAAAAUUCAUCAGCAUGCUCUUCAGUCUUUGCUGUAGUUUAGCAGGUCUUGGUCACUAUUAGAAUAGCUAAACGCAUAGGAAAGUGUUUUCUUUUUUACAGUUAGUAAAACUGCAAUCAUAACUGUAUUGAGUAAAACUCUUUUCACAUAGUGCAGUUAGACUGUACGUACAUUGCUUUACUUUAUCCGAAACAUGGUUACUGUACAUGGCACGGGGCAUACAAGAUCUUAUCACCUAAUUUAUCUACCAGUUUCACAAAUCACCAGUAACAGUGUUUGGUACUCAAACACCAUUUGUUUUUAAUGUUGUUUUUAGUUACUGUAAGAAACAAACUUAUCUACUGUAUUGCUUCCUUUUAGAGAACUGUCUAUUUACUGUUGAAUAUUUAUUUGAACAGACCACUAUAGUGUUUCAGUCAAUUCCUAACACUAUAAGGAAAUUCUGGCUUUGUGAGGACAAAUUAGUCAAUCAAUAUGAUAAUGUUCCUUGUCACAAGCAGCCAAAGGGCAUGAGUUCGGCAUUGAAGGGAUUCAUCUGAUUUUUGCCUCUUCUAAUUGGGUCCUUGUUUCUUUUUUUCUUCCCCUGAACCAGAUAUGUAUUUCCAGCCCUAGUUGACCUUAACCAAAUUCAUUGCACUAAAUACAAAGAAUAUUUUAUUCAUUAGUUCAAGUGAGACUAAAACUUGUAUUUUGGGACAUACACAUUGCAGUAAAUAUGAUAUAUUAUUAGCCCUUCAUCUAAGUAUUGUUUUUAAGAAAGCCUAUAAUGAAAAAUACAAUUUAAGUGGCAGUUUCACUUAUUUUAUAGCAUACCUCGGCUUUAUUGCAGUUCACAUAGCCUACUGUGCUAUUUGUAAUGGAAUAGAUUAAUUCAGCUUUUAGGAAUUGUCAUGAUGCACUUGUAAACACCACAUAGUGUACAGCUGUCUAUAUUAUGAUAUGCCAGUAGCAUGUGUUGCACUUGCUUUUGUAUGCCUCUCCCCCAAAAUAAAUUUAGUCACUUGUUAAACCUA